CGGGCUGUGCAGUUGGAACUUCGGGCUGUCUGUGUGCAUCCUGCUCUGUGCCUGCCGCUUGGCGCGCCACCCGCGCUAUGGCCACCCCACCGCGGUUGCGGGCUCUGCUCCUUGCGGUCAACGCACUAUUGCGCAAGCGUCGCUACCACGCUGCCUUGGCGAUGCUUAAGGGGUUCCGGAACGGGGUAGUCUAUGGAGCCAAAAUCCGGGCCCCUCACGCGCUGGUCAUGACAUUUCUCUUCCGGAGUGGCAGCUUCCGGGAGAAGCUGCGGGCCAUCCUGCAAGCCACGUACAUCCAUUCCCGGAACCUGGCUUGCUUUGUGUUUGCCUACAAGGGACUCUGUGCCCUGCAGUCCCGCGUGCAGGGCGAGACCUACCAGGUGCACUCCUUCCUGGCUGCCUUCGUCGGGGGCUGGCUGGUGUUUGGAGACAACAAUAGCAUCAACAGCCAGAUCAACAUGUACCUGGUGUCGCGCACCCUGUUCGCGCUGUGCCGCCUUGGCGUGGAGAAAGGCUACAUCCCUGAACCCAAGCGGGACCCAUUCCCGCUGCUCACUGCCGUGGUGUGGGGGCUGGUCCUGUGGCUGUUUGAGUACCACAGGCACACGCUACAGCCCUCCCUGCAGUCUUCCAUGACCUACCUGUACCAGGACAGCAACGUGUGGCACGACAUCUUAGACUUCCUCGUCUACAACAAGAGCCGCCCCUCGCAGUGACGCGGACCCAAGGUGCUUAUGGGGUCUUGGACACCCGAGUAGGCUCCCGGCUGUGUCUGGCUGUGGCUUGAGAGGUGUCCAUCAGUGAAACCUCCCAGAGGAUCCUGCUUUCUCAAGAUCAUGGGUCUCAGGCUCUAAUUUUAUUAUCCCAGGGUUCCAUUUGCCGAAGUAAAAGCACUGAUU